GUACAAUAUUCAAUACUUUACUUUACGAGACAACAAUUGAGCAACUGCGACGCCGCCACCUACGAAUAAAAGUUUUUUUGACUGUUAAUCGAUAAAUUACAACUUCCGUGUGCUUCCAAGAGCACGAAGAAGUAGUAAGCUUGAUCUUCCAACAACGCUGCUGGUCUUCUCCAUCGGGGGGGCUGCGCUUCUGCCAACAGAAUAUCCGCGAGACAACGCCCAGCAUGCCGCCAGUUCAACACCACUCAGCUCAUCACAAGCUUUGUCGCAGAUGCCAUUCAUACUUCGAUCCUUCUGAUGAGAAGGCGCGGACUUCAGGCUGUAACUUUCACCACCAGCCGUACGUGAAUCGCUACCAUCCCGAAGGGGAGCGGUACUAUGCGGCGGUCGAAGAGAACCCGAAACAUAAAGGCUGGAAAGGCAGUUGCUGGGAAUGCUGCGGCGCCGAGGAGAAGGAAACACCAGGAUGCACCUGGGGACCGCACGUAACUUAUGACGACUAAGACAGCGAACAGCUCUGUGUUGUGCUUCGGGACCUCUUUGUUCAAUGGAAAGGCAAUUACAGAGUGGCAUUAGACAAAGCGGCAGUUGGGAUUAACAGGAGGAAAUAAAAUGCCGGGGAAUUCGAACACGGAACGGUAGCGUCAAAGCACUAGGCGCUUAAUUCAAUGCCGUACUAUGGCAAGUGGUUUGUCAGUCGACCUGUUUCGCUUACGCAGUCAAAGUUCGUUUUGUGCACGCGGACUUCUGCGGUGUAGUCUUUUAAAGCUUUCCAACGUGACUUCCUGAGGAGUAAGAGACAUCAGGCGCGUGCUACCGUUGCUGAGGUAGUGUUGCUUACAUAGAAUAUUUUUCCCAUGUUCCUGUCAAGCAUAUCAUGUGAAAAGGGGAAAGCAGCUUUUUUGUUAAGGUAACAGUUACCCGAAUUUGAUCCCAACUCUUCUGUAAGGCAACUCCUAGGAUCAGUAAGAUUGUGCGAGAACUUUGCUUAACAGACCUGAUUUCGCCAACACACAUUCCAAUAAUCCCCCUGUUUAACGGGGUGACAUUGUGUCUCCCGACCUGUUUGUGGUGAGAUGUGUGUAGUGGCACAGAACGGCUUUAAAUACAUUGCUCUUACUUCGAACCCUUGGAGCGCAUGCCCGAAUUCCUUGUCCUGGCACGGCGGAAGCUGUCUUGUUUCCAAGGAGCAUCACACUGUACAAACCAACCUCGAAUAAAUGUGGCAGUAUCU